ACGUAACUUGUUGUUGGGAACUUGACCAAUCCAAGAGAGGAAUAUCAAUUAAUACAUUGAAUAUCAAGAAAUAGCAAAUCACCUUUUUCCCUUCUUCCCUUUCAUAUAUUUGUUUGGGAGCGCAACCCUAAUCCAACCCUAUUUCGGAUUGAAAAUUGGUAUUUGGGGAAGAAGAAGAAUAAGAAGAAGAAGAAGAAGAAGAAGAAGCAUUAUUGUUAUUGAACGAUGUCUGCUGCGGUGUGCGGAAGCAAGAGAUCUUUCUUCGAAGACCUUCCUCCUUCCCCCCCAGUUUCCAAGAGGCUCCGUUGUUCCUCCUCUCCUAUUCGUCUUUCGAUUUCAAACCUCAUCGAUCACCUUCGCCCUCUCUUUCCUCAUAUGGAUGACCAGGUCCUUGAGAGAGCACUUCUAGAAUGUGGCAACGACUUAGAUGCCGCCAUCAAGAGCCUGCACGGCCUCUGCUUGGGAUCUGCCGAUGAUAAUUCUGAAACUGCUCAACAAUCUCAGCCUAACAUCGACACAGGUACAUUGGAAGAUAAUGGCGAUGCUUCUGCUUCUGGGAAUCAGUCAGCUUCCAACAAUCUUCCUGCAGAUGGAGCAGAAUGGAUUGACUUGUUCGUUAGAGAAAUGACGUGUGCUACUAGUGUUGAUGAUGCCAGAGCUCGUGCUGCUAGAUUGCUGGAGGUUCUAGAGAAAUCGAUCAGUGCACAUGCAAGUUCUGGUGCAACAACUGCUCUUCAAAGGGAAAAUUUGAUGCUGAAGGAGCAAAUUGAAGUGUUGACUAAGGAGAAAAAUUGUUUUAAAAGUGCUUUUAGAAUCCAGCUUGAACGUCUUUCUGAUUAUGAGGAUAAAAACCAAGAGUUGCAACAGCUGAAGCAGUUGGUGUCACAAUACCAGGAGCAGAUCAGAACUCUUGAGGUGAAUAACUACGCUUUGCGGAUGCAUCUGAAUCAGGCACAACAGUACAACCCUUUUCCGGGGCGUUUCCCUCCUGAUGCCUUCUAACGCAAUCAAUGUGUAGAAUAUCAUAACUGAGGCAGUAAAAUAGCCGCGUCUGGUUAAUUAAUUAUAUCUGGUGUUUCUUAUUCCAAAGAAAAAAAUGUGUUUUUAAUUGUUGCAGUUUAUGUAGCUCCUGUAGGUCAUGGAAUAGUAGUUAUUCCCAGUCAGGGGGUGAUUCUAUCUUGUCAACGUGCGAUAGAAUAUAAUUUGACAUUAUAGAUAAAAUUAUUCGUCAGUUAAUUCAAUUAUUUAUUUUUCACCGAUUGUUUAUUAGCAGUAAGUGUACUGUAAUUACCAAGAAUGUUCAGGAUCACUUUGGUGUGCCAUCAGAACAGGCUAUAUUACAAAUUGUCUUUUGCU